AUGGAGAAGGCCAGCUUCCACAAGCUUGUCGAGCUACUCCGCCCUUCGCUGGCAGUCAACGCCUUCUUCGGCGUACUGCGAUCGGCAAUCAACGGCGCCAUAGCUGAAGAAGUCCGCGUUGCCGUGGCGUUGAGGAUCCUGGCUGGCGCUAGUUACUGGGAUGUUGCCCUCAUGUUUGGCUUGUCGGUGCCGACCACGUUCCAGAUCUUGCGGUCGGUGAUCGACUCCAUCAACAAGACGCCUGCGGUUGGGGCAUUCGAUUUCCCCCUGACCGAGGAGGGCUGCAUGCGAAAUGCCAACAGAUUCAAGAAGAAGAGCACCGAUGGCAUUUUCUCCUGGGUCGUCGCCGCCGUGGAUGGUCUGUCCAUCAAGGCCAAGGCUCCGUGUGCGAAGGACACCGCCAACGUCAUCGCGUACUACUCCGGCAGCAAGUCCGCGUACGGCAUCAACGUACAAGCGAUGUGCACCGCCGACUACCGGU